AUGAGGAAAAAGGGGGCAAAGGAAAUCCAAAUUUGCGACAAGAUUCCGAUUCCCUCUGAAGAACAAGACCAGAACAACAGAAACCAUGGGUUCACCGAAACCCAGAUCUCACUUCUCAUCAGGAAAUACCCUCGGGUACUCUUGUUCGAUCCCGAGAGCAACCUUUUCCCCAAAAUCGAAUUUUUUCACUCUAAAGGUUUUUCAACCCAAGACAUUGCUAAAUUACUAUCGACAACACCAGAAGUUUUGAGAAGAAGUUUGGAAAACAAAAUCAUCCCAUCCUACAAUUUCUUGACGGAAUUACUCAAGUCCCAAGAAAAAACGAAUGCCGCUAUUAAACACUUAGCUAGGAUUUUGUUGUAUGAUGAUCUUCAAAUAUCCGUAGCACCCAAUAUUGAAGCUCUGAGAGAAAUAGGUGUGCCCAAAUCGAAUAUUGUGACUUUCUUUACAAGUCGACCUCAAGCUUUCACGCCUAAUGCUGACAGGUUUAAGGAGAUUGUGGAGGAAGUAAAGAAAAUGGGUUUUAACCCUACAAAAGUGAUGUUUGGUGUAGCAAUUCAUGCACUGAGGGCAAUGACUAAAUCAACUUGGGAAAAGAAGGUGGAGGUUUAUAAGAGUGGGGUUUGUCUGAGGAUCAGAUUUUGGUGGCUUUUGGGAAGCAACCAUGGUUUAUGA